GCCGGCCAUGUGAGCCAGCCCUGGGAGUAGCUGCCAGAGCCAUUUGCACCACCUCCCACAGCAUGCUGGGGGCCGCAGUGGAGCCACCCGCCUGAAGACAGCCGUAAAGCCAUCCAUCUGGGUGGCCAUACUCACAGCCAGCUUGCCUGGGCCCAGCCGGACCCUUACUGACACCUGCAGGUUCAGGUGCCAGCAGCUGGGAUGCAUCUACUCUGGAGGUUUCUGAUCCUCCUCUUGGUACUGCUAGCCUUGCCCGUGGCCCUGCCGGAGCAGCCUUGGCCUGGACUGACCAAGGCCCACAAGGAUGGCCGGUCCACCCUAGCUAGAAUUAUUGCACAGGGCCUCCUGAAGCACAAUGCCGAAGGCCGGAUCCAGAGCAUGCGCCUCCUGGACCGUCUGAACGUCUCAGGGACAGUGGCUCCAGGGAUGGUGGGCUGGCUGAUUGGUGGCAUGAACUUCCAACAGCAGCAAGAGAUCAGCAUCAACAUCACCAAUGUGCAGCUGGACUGUGAUGGGAUCCAAAUGGCUUUCCCCAAAGAGUGGUUCUCUGCAAACAUCACACUUGAAUUUGACAUUGAAUUCAGACUGCCCUUCAAUUCAAAUAUCAUCAAAACGCGUGCCCGCAUGGGCCUCACUGCAGAGUCCUGGCUGGAGAAAGACGAGUUUGGCCGGAGGGAGCUGGUGAUGGGCACGUGUCGCAUGGAGCCCAGCAGUGAUUGUGCGCCCAUGUCUGCUGAGACACUCUCACCCAAGAUGAAACAUUUUCUCCACAACCUCAGAGAAAGCCUGGGGAAAGUGAUCCCAAACCUGGUAGAAAGUCAGGUAUGUCCUCUGAUUGGUGAGAUCCUCCGGCAGCUGGAUGUGAAGCUGUUGAAAGGCCUCGUGGAACAAGUGGCUACUCAUAAUCUUGGUCAACUCUGAAUCAGCCAGACCUCUGGCACCAGGCUCAAGGCGCCUCCUGCCGCCUGCCGUUGGUCAGAAGGAGGUACUUCCAGUUGAGACCUUAAGUCUCUCUCAAUGUAGGGCUUCUACUAUCCCCUGGAAGCAUGAUCCCCAGGUCCCAAGACAUUCUGUCCUUUCCAACAAUAAACUCUAACUCUGAAGG